AUGACCAAGUUGGGGAACCGCCGGACGAGGUCCUUGCCGCCGGUCACCACCCUCGCCUCCACAAUCACCACGUCCUCCUCCUCAUCCGCCACAAACCCCGAUAAAACCGCCUCUCCGUCGCCGAACAUCCUACUGGAGCUGAUCCCAUUGAUCGUGAGACGGCUGACGACCCUCGAGGACUUCUUCGCCCUCCGCGCUGCCUGCCGCGCCUACCAGAAGGUUAAAAAUGAAAACCUUAUGGAACCUUCCCCAAACCGGCAGAUACCUCCUCUGGCGGUUUUCUUCCUCCCACUAAUGGGCGAGCGCCGCACGCCGAGCAGAAGCGGCGGCGAGGAAUGGCCAAGUCGGGGAAGCGCCGGACGAGGACCUCGCCGCCGACCACCGCCCACCGCCUCCACAAUCACCACGUCCUCCACCUCAUCCUCCACAAACCGCGAAGAACCCGCCUCGCCAUCGCCGGACAUCCUACCGGAGCUGAUCGCAUUGAUCGCGAGCCGGCUGACGACCCUCGAGGACUUCUUCGCCCUCGUUGCCACCUGCCGCGCCUACCGGGCUCACCUCCCGUUGUCAUCGUCCAACCUCGCCUCGCAGGGUCCGCUCCUCCUCGUCCACCAGAAGACCUCUGCCUCGGAAGCGCUCUACCACGUCCCCCUCUGCCGCAUCUUCCGCUUCCGCCUCCCGCGCACCCCCGUGGACCAUGGACGCCGCAACCCCACCUGCUUCAGCCGGCUCUUCACCCCCAAAGAAGUCACCCUCACCUGCUUCUACUCCUUCGGCUGCCGUGUCGCCAUCAGAAACAUCUUUACCGCCAGCCGCCCCGAGUUUCGCAUCUGCCAUCUCCUCACAGGCGAGCGAGCCCGCCUGCCCCAUCCCCCUACACCCAUUGGAUGUGUUCUCUUUUCUGGCGACUUAGUCCUCGCCUUCAUGCCACGGCACCGUCACAUCUCCUACUGCCGUAUUGGGGAUGCUCAGUGGCAAGUGGCGUGGUGCGACGAAGGCUACCACCCUUACCGUCUGAUGUUCGUGAAAGGAACCCUCUACGCGUUGAUUUAUCCAAAUUACCGUCUUGCUGUUGUCGAGCUUAACAACAAUUCUAUGGUAUUGUCGUUUCUUGGGGAUGAACUUAGCGCACAGACAGUUCCAGAUAGUUCGGUGGCCUUGCUCGCAGAGUGCCAUGGUGAGAUAUUGCUAAUUGUCAGAACCAAGUUGUACCAUGUUUUCAAGUGGCAAUCCAGGGAGAAGAAGUGGGCGAGCACCGACAGCCUUGGUGGUUGUAGCUUGUUCUUUAAUAGGCAUGAGUUUGCUGGUUGCCUUGGUCCAGAUCAUCCGCGAGUUCGAAGAGACUGCUUGUACUUUACUGGAAACUUUGGGAACUGGAGUGAGUAUUCUUUGGUUGAUAGAUCUUUGCAUGAAAUUCUUGCCGACUACCCAGGGAGACCACUACGGGAGGAUUGUUUUCCACUGGCUUGGGUCCUUCCAAGCAUUUGUUGA